AUGGCCAUGUGCAUGGACCCCGGGAAAUUGCCGCUAGCGGUGAGUUCUGAAGACAACAGUCAGCUAGACGAUUUUAAAUCGCCGCUACAAGAACGUCGAAAUCAACGGGAUCAUAGUGCGCAUGAAAUGUUCUAUAGGCCGCCACGCUCUUCCCAUUGUUCUGUGUGCAACAGAUGUAUUGAUGCGUUCGAUCAUCACUGUCCAUGGGUACACAAUUGUGUCGGCCGACGAAACUACCGCUACUUUUUCUACUUUCUGCUGUUCCUCUCGCUGCACAUGCUUCACGUCUUCUCGUUGUGUCUCUCCUACGUUCUGGCGGCCAAACUGGUCAACCCGGGUGCUGUAACGGUGCCGGGAUAUACAAAGGAAUUGAACAGUCUACCCACCUCCACCCCUACUGAUGCUAAAUUCUUCACUAGAGAGGAGAUGUUGACGCGACCGAACAUGUGCGCCGUGGUCCUGCUGCUCGUCAGCUUUCUGCUCGCGUUUCCAGUGAUCGGGCUGACGAUCUUCCACAUUGUCCUGGUUUCUCGAGGUCGCACGACAAAUGAACAGGUGACUGGCAAAUUCCAGAAGGGAUAUAACCCUUUUACCGCUUCCUGUUGUGUCAACAUCAAGACGACGCUUUGUGGAAGUCAAUUCCCUUCAUAUGAGAUCUAUGCGUCUAACAGAGCAAGACUUGUCGUGUUGGGUGCGAAUAAACAAGCUAGAAAGGGAAAGAAGGCGCUUCUCCUCGAAGAUGAUGACGCCGUGAUGUACGUGCCCGAUCAGCACACCAUGGAAUCGAACACAAGAGGGCCUAUCCGGGUACCCUCCCAAAAACGGCUGAAAAGCUCCGAGCUGAAGAAACUGAAGCUGGCCGACAGGGCUGACACGCGAUUCGGACAAUCAUCUCGGAAAGAGAAGGCCGUACAAGGGGGAAGCACCUGCAAUCUCUAUGAUGACAUGAAUAGUGUGCGAUCACCCGAAAAGACGGCUUAUGAAGCUAGCCUGGAAGAAGCCUUCCGUGGAGCGGAAGCUGUCAGUUCGCCGACGAAGUUCGACGGAAGUCGCAGCGACUCCUUCCAAAAUGCGGACAGCGUCUCGAAUUCCCGGACGACAAACCACACGCAUUCCGUCGUCUACGAGCCCAGAUUGCACUCGACAAAGAUUCUGAAUGGUGACCGCAGUCGGCCCCUGAACUUCACCGACGCCGUCCGACUACACGAUCAACUAACGUCACCCUCGACGAAAGCUGUCCCGUUG